AAUUUUUCGUUGAUUAACCAAAGAGAGUCGGGUACCAGCUAUUAGGCAAGAUAGGGAAUUUCCUGAAUUUUGACCUACAUAUUUCAUCAUAUCGUAGGUAUACAUAGUUACAAGUUAAUUUACUGUAAGUAAGGUUUGGAGAGGCUACGGAUAACAAGGAAUGGAGAAGUGUUUAUUUUUAUGCUGCCGAUCUCAAAUCAGGCUGCCUUUGUUUACAAAGACUGUAGGGAGAUAUCUUAGUAGAUACAGACAACAAAAUGCAGUCAUAUUACACCUCAGGACAUAUAACUCUCACUUAGUUUUACAAAGUACUCAGCAAUGCUCAAAAGAAAGAACUUUCGAAGGCCUCAGGAGUGACCUUACACAAAAAUCUAUAAAUAGCUCUCAGUUAGCAGGAGUUUAUAUCAGACAACAUGGCUUCGUAUGUACUGCAGGUGCAAGACAGUUUCACACAUCUGGCAGAAAAGACGCUUUCCCGCCACUUAUUUGGGCAGUUGUUAGUUUUGCUACGAAGGCAGGAGCAGUUUUAACUGGAAGACGAUAUAGGAAUUGGUUGAAGACACGUCCAGAAGAGGAACAGAAGAAGCACCACAGAAGAAUCCUACAAUUCUGGGCAGCGCUGGCUGCAUUUGGUGCCACCUUAGCAACAAUUUACUACACCUCCCAUUUACAGGAGUGCCCAAUCACAGGACGCAAGAGAUUUAUAACUCUUACCAAAGAUCAGUACUUGAAAGUUGCUGAUUACGAAAGCGAAAAUUUUUUAGAUUUGUACAAUAACAAAACACUCCCACCUACUCAUCAGUUUUACAACAUGGUCCUGCAAACAGCACAGAGUAUUGUUCGUGCAAACCAAGACUUUCCAGGAAUGAAGGAACAGAAAUGGGUGAUUCAUGUGGUGGAAGAUGAAGAAAGAAAUGCUUUUGUUUUACCAAACGGGCACAUUUUUGUGUUCACAGGCAUGUUAAAGUUUGUUGAAAAUGAAGAUCAGUUUGCCUUCAUUUUAGGCCAUGAAAUGUCACAUGCAUUGCUUCUGCAUGGUGCUGAGCAGUUGAGUUACGGGCAGUUUCUAGACUAUAUUGUGAUAGGUGUAAUGGCAGGAAUAUGGACCCUGAUGCCAAAUGAUGGAAUUGCAGUGGUUACAAACUGGUUCUACAAUAAAGUCAUGGAUUUGACAGUUCACAUGCCAUAUAGCAGGGUAUUAGAAAAGGAAGCGGACAAAGUUGGCUUACAUCUCAUUGCAAAGGCUUGUUACGAUGUAAGAGAAGGCAGCGUGUUGUGGUACCGUAUGAGUAUAGCAGACGACAUUACAGGGGAAGGGAGAAUUCCAGAAUGGCUGUCCACACAUCCUACACAUGGUAACAGGGUGAAACAUAUAGAUCAUCUUAUACCAAAGGCUGUCGAGGAAAGAGAAAGUUGUAAAUGUGACCGUUUGUCUGAUUUGGACCCACGUAAACGUGCAAUACGAAUGAGAAAAGCUGCAGACAAUAUAAUGAUAGCUCGUGCAAGCAAGGCAAACAUUGACCGAGCCCACAAAGAUCAUCAAAAACCUGUGAUACCAACAUUCCAAUCCCCAAUUCCAACAUUACGUAAAGGUCUUGAUGAAUCUGAGUCUUAGAAAUAAGUGAAGGUUACGUGUGUGUGAGAAUGUUAAAAGGAUUCAUCUACAGAUUUGUGUCAAUUUCUUUGACCAUAUAGCUAAACCGGUCUGACUGGCCACCUGUAUUAAGCGCAGCCUUUUGUCUAAGCAGCCAGUCAGCAGACAUCCCUAAUCAAAUUUUGUUCUAAUUUUAACCUUCCCUAAGCAGCCACAUUGUGUCACUCCCUUGACUGGCAGCUUAAUGCAGGUUUUACUGUAUAUGCAAUUUUUUGUUGAUCAAAACCUAAAACUAUGUGACUUUGAGAGUUUCAGGCAAUUUUUAUGUUGUAGAAAACAUAGUCAUUUUAAAUUUUAACACCUGGAUCUAGUUAUUUUUAGGCUGAAUUAUUAGUUACUGUGAGAUCAUUUAAAUUCGCUGGCAUGAAAUUUCGCGCAAACGUGAAGAAGGACUGUUUCGCGCGGGCUUAAAUUCGCGCAUUUUCAAUUUUAGAAAGGGAAAAUAUAAUCAUAAAAUAAUAAUUGCGCGGUCUUAAAUUUGUGCAUCGGUCCUAGCGCGAAAUACGCGAAAAUUCAUCCUACGCGAAUAAAAAUGAUUUCACAGUAUGUCUCCCACACCAGUGUGUGGUGGGAGACAUAUUGAUUUACUCCUGUCUGUCUGUGUGAGUGUGUGUCGGUCCCUCUGUUACAAAUCUUGUCUGCAUUCUAAUUCGAAUAUUUGUCUUCCGAUCUUCACCAAAUUUGAACAAGAUGUGUUUGCCAAUAAGUCCUCGGCCAAGUUCGCUAACUAGCCAAAUCGGCCCAGGCACUUCGGAGUUAUGGCCCUUGAAUUACCGAAAAUUGCUCAGGUCUUGGGGACAUAAAGGACCCAUAUACCAUAAUGUGAAUAGUAAUAUAUGGUUCCUUUAUGUCCCCAAGACCUAAUCAUGUCAGAUGAUUAGGUAGUUGAAAGCUUGGUGCAUGGUUGACUCAUAUACUACUAUUCAGACGAUUAGACAGCUGUGGGAGACAUGCGCUUUUCUCAAAAGCAGCUCUAGUUACCUUUUAGUUUAAGAAUAAUGAAACUUAAACAGAAGUCUGGAGGCUAGUCCAUGUAAAGAGGACAAUCUUACCUAAGUGCAUGUUAUUUAGAAGCAACAAUCAAUGGUAAUUUAUGUUGUUAUUUCUUAUAUGAGGUGUUGCAAUUAUUAACAUUUUCUUAAAGGGGAAUAAAGCAACAAAUGAUAACAUUUCUUUUCAGAAAGAAUUAAAUCAAACAUGAAAACUGGUAAUAAGAUAUGAAAAUCAGACAACAAACAAAAAAAGAUAUAAACAGUUUAAUGAAGCGGCUGCCAUUUUGGCACCUGAGCAUCAUUGUUUUUCUUAUAUUGACUUUACAGUAUAUAGUGAGUUAAUGAAAAACAUUAAGAUAAACUUAUUUAGUAGGUCAUACUGGUAGUACAGUAUGAAUAAUUCUGCCAAAAGUUUUGAAAUGUUGCAUAUUUCCCUUUAAACAAAAGACCAAAAACUAUAGUAAAUUCAAUUUUAUGGUCCUUUAUAUUGAGGAUGCUCUCUUUUAUUUUUCUUUCUUGAUAAUAUUUGGUCAUAAUUGUAAGUUUAUAAACUUUAUACAUCUAAUUAUGUUAUUUUAGUAAAGAAAUGUCCCUCAAGUAAACAAAAUAAGAACAAACCUCAUUUUCCAACUUAAAGAUUUUUGUUACUGCCAAAGUCUUUUACUUACCAAAAAGACAUUUUACUUGAGUAUAAAAUAGCUUCAUGACUGAUUUCCCUAUAGAAAUGUUUUGAGCAUAAAAUGAAAGAAGUUUAAUGACUACACCAUAUAACCCAAAGUUGAAAAUAUAAGUUACUACAUACCUUCAGAAUGAAUAUACUUGGGUAAGUAGAUUAAGAAUUAAGGUCACACCCUUUGGUGAUUAAAUGUUGUUGUGUGUAAAAUUAUCAGAAAUUAGAUUUCUCUAAAUGGCAUAUUGAUAUCUGCAGGCAGAUGUUUUCUGUUCUUUGUUAAAAUUUAUUAUAAAAUCAAAAAUGGCAUUGUACCUAUUUCUCCACAAAAUGAAGAGUAGCCUUAUAUCAUUCAGUUACAAUUGCAAAAUUAUUAUGCCCCUCUUCGAAGAAGCAAGGGUAUAUUGCUGUGCACCUGUUGGUCACGUCAGUCAGCCUCUCGGUCCAUCUGUCUGUCCGUAGAGCCAAGGGCUUUUGCCCAAUAACUUGAGAACCAGUCAGCUCAGAACCUUCAAAC